AUGCUUCUUAUCGAUUACAGCUCGGCAUUCAACAACAUAAUCCCCUCCAAGUCGAUCUCCAAGCUCACCUAUUUGGGCACAGACAAAUCUCGCAGCAACUGGAUCUAUGAUUUCCUGACAAAGAGGCCACAAGUGGUGAGAAUUGGCAGACACACCUUGUUCACAAUAGAGGAUGGCGAUCACGUGGUUUGGGAGUACAAGAUCUCCUCCAGUUGA